AUGGGGUCAUCCCCUCCUGCCCCCCGCACCCCUGGUCCUAUCAGGCUCAUGGGGGAGGGCAUGAAACCUCUACAAUGCGAAGGGCCUAAACUCCCCACAAAAAAGAGCAAGGACGCUACAUGAGCUCCGAGCACUAAAGAUAUCGAUCGCCUUCUUCCAAGAAACACACUUCCUCACUACUCAGGCCCCCAAAUUCUCCAAUAAAUACUACCAAACCGGCCACUUCGCGCACAACCCCUCAACCAAAUCCAAAGGAGUGGUCAUACUACUUUCGGCAGAUAUUCAGUUCCACCUGGAGGCGGAGGAGAAGGACCGGGAGGAGAGAUACCUCUUCCUCAAAGGGUAUAUAGGCGACUCUCGAGUCACGCUCGCAAACUUAUAUCUCCAGAACAAAGGUCAAAAUGCGUCCCUGGUCUCUGCCUUAAAAGCCCUGGACGCGUUCAGUGAAGGGACUGUCAUUAUCGGAGGUGACUUCAACGCCCCCCUGGAUCCCAGAGUGGACACGUCGAAAGGAAGCUCCACGAUUCUGGACCACGUCCUCAGGGGCAUGAGGACCCUCCCUCCAACCAUCAGCUCGCAGACUGCUGGCGCACUCUCCACUACACAGAAAAGGACUACACCUUUUAUUCAACACCACACAAAUCCUACUCGAGGAUUGAUUACUUCUUCACCCAACACAGAGACCUGGAUGCACUGA